AUGAGUGAUCUCGACAAAGCUAUUGCGCAGCUGCGCGCCUGUCGUCCGAUACCCGAAACCCAAGUCCGAGAGCUUUGCCAUCGUGCCCGAGAGCUGUUGAUCGAGGAAGGAAACGUGGUCACCGUGUCUGCGCCAGUAACGAUAUGUGGCGAUAUUCACGGUCAGUUUCAUGACCUGAUGGAGCUCUUUCGGGUCGGAGGAGACGUGCCCGACACCAACUACCUCUUCAUGGGCGACUUUGUCGACCGUGGGUUUUAUUCUCUUGAAUCAUUUCUUCUUUUGCUCUGCCUUAAAGUUCGAUACCCCGACCGCAUGACGCUCAUUCGCGGAAAUCACGAAUCGCGACAGAUCACAACCGUCUACGGCUUCUACGAUGAAUGCCUGCGAAAGUAUGGCAGCGCCAACGUUUGGCGAUACUGCUGCGAUGUGUUUGACUACCUUGCUCUAGGCGCCAUUGUUCUUGGGGCGUCCAAUACCCUCUCUGAUCAAGCCGAGCCAGUCGACGAUGAAACUGAGAUUGAGGUUUGCGAUCAAAACGGAAGCAUCAUUAGCCGCUUCUCACGCCAACGUGGCCAGGCAGAUAGCCAACAGCAAAAAGGCCGGAGUCCGGGUGGUGGUGGUGGAAGCGGCAGCACAGGAGACAAGACUGGGCCGCCAGGCUCCGGUGCCUCUGGAUCCAGUAACGGAAGUAUUGGCAACCUAGCAGGUGCGGUAUUCUGCGUGCAUGGCGGUUUGAGUCCGCUCAUUGAUUCGGUGGACAAGAUCCGCCUCAUAGACCGCAAGCAAGAGGUACCCCACGAGGGAGCCAUGUGCGACUUGCUGUGGUCUGAUCCAGACGACAUUGACGGUUGGGGCUUGUCGCCGCGUGGCGCGGGGUUUCUGUUUGGCGCGGAUAUUGUUAAAGUCUUUAAUCAUCGAAACGACCUGAGCCUCAUUGCGCGAGCCCAUCAGCUUGUCAUGGAAGGCUUCAAGGAAAUGUUUGACUCAUCUAUUGUCACGGUCUGGUCGGCGCCUAACUACUGUUACCGCUGUGGCAACGUGGCCGCCGUGCUUGAGCUCUGCGAAGACGAGUCCGGCACAGGCCUCUUUGCGCGGAGCAACGGAGACGUUGGCCGCAGUGAUGGCGGCGCUGGCGUAAACGGGCGUGGUCUGAUGAUGGAGUCGGACACGACCAAUGUGCCCAACAAUGGACCUGCGAGGCGCUACCGUGUAUUUCAGGCCGCGCCACAGGAUUCGCGCGGUAUGCCUGCGAAGAAACCCGUGGCAGACUACUUUCUCUAG